AUGGCCAACCUCCCCUUCGAUAUAUGGUACCAGAUAGGCCACGAACUCGCCGAGGAUGGGCCACGACGGGAUCUUGCUUCACUGCGACUGGUGAACAAUGUAUGUUGUCAUAUAGCAACACCGUUAUUAUACCGUUCACUAGACCUCGACAUCCUAGACGCUAGGGCCGUCCAAGAUGAUAUCGACCAGCUGCGAGUAGGCAAACUGGGACAUCAGUACCUUCGUCACGCACGGCAGCUUUUUCUGGCGACCAAAGACAGGUCACGGACUCAUCCAACCUUAACCUCGAGGAGAACACGUCAAUGGGGUACACGCUAUAAUCACCUCCUGUCGCCGAGAACAGAGGGCGUUAUGGACGUCCGUAUCACGGAGAGUCGAGUUCCUGAUCGAAGCUGCUUUGGGACCUUCAACGGCAGUUGGGAACCACUGGCUUGUCUUAUAACUCGCCUCCAUUGUCUGGAAAGCCUGGACUUCUUCGCACUUGGUCCAUUCCCAGUUGCUCUGCAGGAAGCCUUGAGCCGCCAUCCCAGUUGCCAACUUAACGUGUGGGCAGUUCACAGCGUGGGGCAUAGUCAAAUGACCGGCGAUAGAGACCCAUAUUCUAUAUGUCGUCUAUUGCGAUAUUCCAAUCUCCACACCCUGACCAUCGACACAACCUGGAGAAAUAGUACACUCCCAGGCUGGGUUAACCUCACCAACCAACUCCCCUUUAUCUUCGUUGCCCCCAAGCUGAAGAACCUUGUCAUUCACGCACACCGGCGCCACAAAUACCAAUAUGAUCCCAGAUGGGAAACAUUCCAGAACGCUUGGCGGGAUAUGGCCGCUCGAUUCAAGCACGCCCCCGUACCUGUCCUAGACACACUCACGCUGGACGGCGCUCAUGAAAGUCUCCUGUUGAGACUAUCCGAAGCCGUUGACCUCUCCUGUCUCCGCACUCUAGAUAUCCACGCAUACCGCGAGGUGGAAGUUCUGCGAGACGUCGCCAUAGCUUUUCCAGGUCUAGAACGCCUGCUUAUCACGGUGAACCCAUUACACUGGCCUGAAAGCGACGUUGACGACCAAGAGGCCGUCUCAGCUAUAACGCUCUUCCCAUCGCUCAAAUUCCUCAAUCUUCGUGGCCUCCGGCAGGCAUCCAGUGUAUUCGACAUUCUUCAAGUCCAUGGCCGGUCCCUCAGGGGUCUAAUUCUCGAACCAGCACCAGACUCAAACAAGACACGGUACUGCUAUCCCAAGUUUUCUCCGUCGCAGGUUAUCCAGCUCGCAGCAAUCUCUCCACACCUAGAAGAACUCCAAAUCCAAUGCCUCCGCUCCAAAGGGAGUAAACCAGAAUGCGACUUUUAUAGAGCCCUAGGCCACUUCCAAAACCUACGCAAGCUGGUCCUAGAACUCGAUUGCAACAUCCACCAAUCCACAUCCGAAACCACCGCCACCAAAACCCAACUCAUGAAAGACGGAUUCAUCAAUGCCGCCGUGGACACAAAACUCGCUCUGCAAAUCUUCUCCCUCAUAACCACCAACCAACCCUCAGGCCAUCUGAAGAGGCUACGUCUCGCCCCAUUCCGGCUCCAGGCCUCUGAGUUAGAUGCCCUGCAACAUAACCACUUUCUAGCAAAACAGGUUCUAGUAUCGCGGUUUCCGCUGCGGGUUGAGGAGGUUGGAAAACGGGAAUGGGACGCAUUUCAUGAUAUGAUUCAGCCGAGUCCGCGCUCUUUGCCGGGGUGGCUUGAGGAGAUUCUUGAUGGGAUUUUGCCGUUCGUGCCUGGGAGGGAACCAUGGUGGGAUCGGUAUGAGAGCGUUCCUUUGGAUGUGGAUGGUGUUUAG